ACUGGUGUGUCAUCUAAGAUGUCUGGACGCGGAAAGGGAGGAAAGGGACUCGGUAAAGGAGGCGCAAAGCGUCACCGCAAAGUUCUCCGUGAUAACAUCCAGGGAAUCACCAAGCCCGCCAUCCGCCGCCUGGCUCGCCGUGGCGGAGUGAAGCGUAUCUCCGGUCUGAUCUACGAGGAGACCCGCGGCGUGUUGAAGGUUUUCCUGGAGAACGUGAUCCGCGAUGCUGUCACCUACACCGAGCACGCCAAGAGGAAGACCGUGACCGCCAUGGACGUGGUGUAUGCUCUGAAGAGACAGGGCCGCACUCUGUACGGCUUCGGCGGAUAAACACACUUUCCAA